UAUGUGAUAGAUAUUGUGACUGGUUGCUUGUUUACUUUCAUAGGGAUUCAUAAUUUCUUCUCAAUUACUCACAACAUGCCACGUCAAAGUUAUUGUGGCAAAGUUGUAUCAUAGAAGGGUAUGAUCUUUGAUCUUUUUUCUUAAUACACAGCACCUUGAAUGAGAUUAUACAAAGCUAAUAUUGUAAACAUGUUCAGAGAAAAAGGUUUCCACGCUAGCACUCUUUGUUUUCUCUUAUUCUUGAUAGGUCUUGUUGGUGUAAUUGGAGAUGAGCAAAAGAAAUUUUACAUCAUUUACUUGGGAGAUCAUCCAGUGGACAAAGACCAUGCAACUCAAACACACAAUCAUCUCCUUUCUUCUGUGAAAGGAAGCGAAAAUGAUGUUAAGGAGUCCAUGGUCCAUAGCUAUCAUUACAGCUUCAAUGCAUUUGCCGCAAAAUUAUCUGAAGAUGAAGCCCAAAAGUUGGCAAGUAUGGACCAGGUUUUAUCUGUUAUCCCGAAUCAGUAUCACAAGCUGCAUACUACAAGAUCAUGGGACUUUGUCGGAUUACCUCAAAUUGCAAAAAGAAAAUUAAAAACAGAAAGAGACAUAGUUGUCGGUCUACUUGAUACAGGAAUUACUCCACAAUCUAAAAGCUUUAAGGAUGAUGGGUUUGGUCCUCCACCCAAAAAAUGGAAAGGAUCUUGUGGCCACUUUGCUAAUUUCUCCGGAUGCAACAACAAGCUCAUAGGAGCCAAAUACUUCAAGCUUGAUGGCCACCCUGAUCCGGCUGACAUCUUAUCUCCGGUGGAUGUCGAAGGCCAUGGGACCCACACAUCAUCAACCUUAGCCGGAAACGUUGUUCCAAAUGCAAGCCUCUAUGGGCUGGCCAAUGGUACAGCACGUGGUGCAGUGCCUUCGGCAAGAGUAGCCGUGUACAAGGUCUGUUGGGUCAGCUUUGGGUGCUCGGAUAUGGACAUACUUGCUGCUUUUGAUGCUGCUGUGUACGAUGGUGUGGAUGUUAUAUCAAUUUCUAUCGCUGGAGGGUCUGCAAAUUACACGACUGGCUCUGUAUCAAUUGGUGCAUUUCAUGCCAUGAAGAAGGGUAUUAUCACUGUGGCAUCUGCUGGAAAUAAUGGACCAUCUCUAUUAUCUGUGUCGAAUCAUGCACCUUGGAUCCUAACCGUGGCAGCUAGUGGCAUUGAUAGGGAUUUUAGGAGCAAAGUUCAUUUGGGAAAUGGAAGGAACAUCACAGGGCAUGGGAUCAGCACAUUCAAUCCAGGAAAGGAAUUAUACCCGCUUAUCAGUGGGGCUGAUGCGGCCCGUAACGCUUCAACCAAGGAAGAUGCAGUGUACUGUAUGGAAGGCUCGUUAGACCCUAUCAAGGUUAAGGGAAGGCUUGUUUACUGCAAAUUAGCUGAGGCUGGUUCUGAUUCUGUUGUUAAAGGAAUUGGUGGGGUUGGCGCUAUAAUUGAAAGUGAUCAAUUUAUUGAUUUUGAUGUUGCCAAAAUUUUCAUGGCACCUGGAACCAUUGUGAAUGGUACCAUAGGCGAAUUCAUCAAUCAGUACACAAAGUCCACAAAAACACCAUCAGCAGUGAUAUACAGGACCCGUGCAACAAAAAAAGCACCAGCACCAUUUGUGCCUUUAUUUUCAUCUCGUGGUCCAAAUCCUGGAUCAUUGCACAUUCUCAAGCCCGAUAUCGCAGCACCUGGUGUUAACAUCUUGGCAGCUUUUACACCUCUGAGGUCGCUCACUGGAUUGAAAGGUGACACCCAAUUUUCAGAAUUUUCAAUCUUGUCUGGGACUUCCAUGGCAUGUCCUCACAUUGCUGGAGUGGCUGCCUAUGUAAAGUCAUUCCACCCAGCUUGGAGUCCAGCUGCAAUCAAAUCUGCCAUCUUAACCACAGCAAAACCUAUGAGCCGGAGGGUGAACGAAGAUGGAGAAUUUGCCUUUGGUGCUGGUCAAGUGAACCCAACUAGAGCUGUGACCCCUGGCUUAGUCUAUGACAUGGAUGAAAUGAGUUACAUCCAAUUCUUAUGCAGAGAGGGCUACAGUGGAUCCAAAUUACGAGUCCUUGUUGGUCCACAACCCAUAAAUUGUUCCAAAAUCGUUCCUGGACUUGGCUCUGAUGCUCUCAACUAUCCCACAUUGCAACUUAGCUUGAAAAACAAGCAAGAGCCAACAAUAGGUGUUUUCCGAAGAAGAGUUACCAAUGUUGGUCAAGCCAUAUCCAUCUACAAUGCUACCAUUAUAGCUCCCAAAGGAGUUGAAAUCACUGUUAAGCCCAUGAAACUCUCCUUCACUAGAGUCCUGCAGAAGCGUAGCUUCAAGGUGGUUGUGAAGGCACAACCAACUGUGUCAAUGGUCUCUGCAGGUUCACUUGUAUGGAAGAGCUCCCGUCACAUUGUAAGGAGCCCUAUUGUCAUUUAUAGUCCACAAAGUUGAUUCUCAUACUAAAUACUUUGAAUUACAAGUGUUUAGUACAAACCAUAUUUUGUGUUGUUCUUGAUUGGAAAUCACUCAAGAACAAUUAUUUGACAUUGAUAAAGA